GAUUGCACAUUCUUCACUCGGAAAGAAAUCCUUCGGUUGCAUGGCCGAUACUAUGAGAUGGCACCAAAUGUUGUGCCCAUGGACUAUACAAGGGACCCUGAUGUUAAACUACCUAUGCAGCUCAUAAUAAACAUGCCUGAGCUAAAGGAGAAUCCCUUCAAAGAAAGGAUUGUGUCAUCCUUCUCAGAAGAUGGAGAGGGGAGCCUCAGCUUCAAUGAUUUUGUGGAUAUGUUCUCCGUGCUCAGUGAAAUGGCUCCCAGAGAGCUUAAAGCAAUCUAUGCCUUUAAGAUCUAUGAUUUUAACACAGAUAACUUCAUUUGUAAAUCAGAUUUGGAACAAACCCUCAAUAAGCUGACCCGAGAAGAGCUAACAGCAGAGGAAAUCACUCUGGUUUGCGAGAAGGUGAUAGAAGAAGCUGACAUGGAUGGUGAUGGGAAACUAGGAUUUGCAGAUUUUGAAAACAUGAUUUCCAAAGCACCAGACUUUCUCAGUACUUUCCACAUAAGAAUCUGAAGAUGUUUCUGUGAGCCAGUGUUGUCAGAAAUGACUCGCCGGUCCAGCCUCACUGAAGGCACUCUGGGGGCUUUUGUCCUCUCAUGGCCACUUCUUAGGGUGCAGCAGAAAGUACUGAAAUAAUUCUGGUCCACAGAGAGACAGAAGCAUCAUACGAUCUACAGGAUAUUUGGAUCAGUCACAUUUUUAUCUUCCCUACUGGCCAAGCACUCUGGCAGAGAUGGUUGGUUGUUGGGUUGUGGUUUUUCUUUUCGCUCCCUCUCUUUUUUUAAACAGUCAGAAUCAGAAUAAUGUUAAAAGUAUUUCCACAUAGUUUUUAUAUUUGUGAAUAUUUAAUACUGCUCUUAAAAGUGCAAAAAAAAAAGAGAUUUUGACAGAAAGAUUAGCUUUGGUG